UUUUUGUUCUUUUCUUCUUCAUCCAACUGGCUUCUGCUCCGCAGGUGACCGGUAAAGACUGCUCCUACAUUUUUUCCUUAAAAAAAAAUAAAUAUACUUAAUCGAACGUUUCGAGCAGGCGGUUUAGUGUUCAAUAUAUACUGAAACCUAAAAAUAGAUUUUGAUUUCGGUCCGAAACCGAUUGGGUAAGUCUAGUCCAGUGCUGAAUUACACUUCACCGCUGAAAAUUUACUACAAAACUGUUAAACCCUAAUAUACGUCGCCGGUGAAAAGGGGAGUUCAAAUCACAUGUCGAAAAGGAAGAGAAACGAGUCCGAAGAAACCAUGGAGAUUUUAUGGCAAACCCCUGCCAACCCUCCCCAGCGCCAAGACUACAUUUUUCGAGACGGUAAGCAGGUUUGGAAUCUGGCACGCAAGCACCAAUUCAGGGAAAUGGCCCAAACUUUCUUAUCUUUUUUUUUGGCAGGAAUAAGGUACGUGAGACCUUACUAUUUCGAGUUCAUCUCACAUGCUAAGAAUCGAUGGGCAGGGAAAACCAUUGUGGAUUUAUUUGCUGAUGAAUUCAAAGGGCGGCCGCGUGAUUAUUAUGUAUCUGCAGUGAAGGCUGGGCGUAUACAAGUUGAUGGACAGACUGUGCCUGUAUCAUAUGUAAUUAAGUCGUCACAGAAAAUAAGCCAUUUUGUGCACAGGCAUGAACCGCCAGUAAGGGCAAAGGAUAUCCAGAUUCUCCAUUCUGAGCCUGAUGUCUUGACUAUUUGUAAGCCUGCAUCAGUUCCUGUACAUCCCUGUGGGCAAUAUCGGAAGAACACAGUCAUUAGUAUACUGCAAGCAGAGCAUGAUAUGGAACCCUUGUUUCCAAUACAUAGGUUAGACCGCUUGGUCUCUGGACUUCUUAUCCUAGCCAGAAGUGCUUCUAAAGCUGACAUUUUUCGGCAGCAGAUUGAAUCAGGAGAGAUUAAGAAACAGUAUAUUGCAAGGGUGAGGGGAGUAUUUCCUGAAACAGAGCAAGUUGCCAAUGCAAGCAUUGACUAUAAUCCUCGAGAAGGAAAGAGCACAGUAGAGUUAUCAAAUAAUCCAAAUGGGAAAAAUCCUUCCAAAGGCAAGGCCGCCUGCACAAAGUUCACUAGAAUUAGCACUAACGGAACACAAAGCCUUGUCUUGUGUGAACCAAUCACCGGAAGGACACAUCAGAUACGCGUCCACUUGCAAUUUUUGGGGCAUCCUAUAGCAAAUGACAUGCUUUACCUAUCAGAAUCCGCUCCCCUUCGUUCUAUUGAAGGAUUAAGUGCGGAUAGAGCUGCUUCUAACUCAAGGCCUCUUAAAGAAGCAAGUUUUAACGAGAUCCAAGUGCCUCAACCUUCCUAUGAGCUCACUGAAGAUUUCCACAUUGAUCCUAUGUGUACCAACUGUCCAAAUCUAGAACCUAAAGGAUAUGAUGGGCAUGAAGAGGGACUAUGGCUGCACUGUGUUAAGUAUUCAGGGCCUGACUGGACUUAUGAGUGCCCAUACCCUUCCUGGGCAUCUCUUUGUUAACACACUUGUCUUCUGUAAGUUGUCCUGUAUAUGCAUCCAUAACCCAUUAUUUAUACUCAGUUCUUUCUCUAAUUCUUGGGCUCCAGAGGGUUUAGGAAUACAUGUCAAGAACCUAAAAGCCUCAUCUUGUUUGUCAAGAUUAUUACAUUUUAGUCUCUCUUUUUGGUCGAAAGUAGUCAUGAUCCUAAAUUCAGAUCUAAAACUCACCAUUCUAACAUGAGGUGAGUGCUGGUGGGCUGGGAUGGGAUAAUAUGUUAUGUCUUCUUUCUCAUAAAAUAUUGAAUCUAAAGUACUUUUAAAUCAGAA